AUGCAAGUGCCGGUUCUCGGCUGCACUUUCCUCACGCUGUCAGAUCGUGAGGAAAGUACUGCCGAGAACUGGCAGUUGUCAGAGCGGGGUUCGGCACCGAUCAUCAGGGCACUGAUGAUCAGUGCCCUGAUGAUCGGUGCCCAGCAGUGCCACCCGCAAGUUCCGCCCAUCUGUGCCCAGCAAUCACCCACCUGUGCCCAGCAGUGCACCCACCUGUGCCACUCUGCAGUGUCACACACACUGUGCCCAGAAGUGCCACCUACCUGUGCCCAGCAGUGCCACCCACCUGUGCCCACCCACCUGUGCCCACCAGUGCCACCCACCUGUGCCCAC